AGACCACUUUUUCCAAAGCUCUGUUCCAAUUCUUUUAUUCAUCAAUCAAACCAAAACUUCAAAUCCUGAAUCAUCAAAUUCCAUAGCUGAUUUCCUACCUAUUAUCCCACAUAAUCUAUUUAUUUGAAAUUUCUUCAGUUGUUAGAGAAAUGGGCGAUCAAAAUUGCAGCAGAAGACUGAUAGUUGAAGUCUGCAACGCAAAGAAUCUGAUGCCUAAAGACGGGCAAGGGACGGCGAGUGCAUAUGUGAUCGUGGAUUUCGACGGCCAACGACGUCGUACCAAGACCAAGUUCAGAGAUCUCAACCCGCAAUGGGAUGAGAGGCUGGAGUUCUUGGUACAAGAUACAGAGUCCAUGGGGUCGGAGAUUUUAGAGCUGAAUGUUUAUAAUGAUAAGAAGACGGGUAAAAGAAGCACGUUUUUGGGGAAGGUGAAGAUUUCUGGGAGUACUUUUGUGAAAGCUGGUUCUGAGGCGUUGAUUUACUAUCCCUUAGAGAAGAGGAGUGUUUUUUCGCAGAUUAAAGGCGAGAUCGGGCUGAAAAUUUGGUAUGUUGAUGAUGAGAAUCCCUCAGCACCUCCUCCGCCGCCGUCCAAGGAGGAGAAGGCUGAGGAAAAGCCAGCUGCGGUGGAGGAAAAGCCACCGGAGAAGGAAGAGGAGAAAAAGCCUGAAGCUGCUGCUCCAGAAGAAAAGAAGAAGGACGAGCAAGCGGAGAACAAGAAAGAAGAAGAGGAGAAAAAGCCAGCCGAGGAAGCUAAGGAGGAAGAGAAGCCAGCGGAGAGCAAGGAUGCUUCAACUACAGCAGCAGCACCUGCGGCUACGGAGGCUACAGCGCCGGCACCACCACCACCGCCAGAGGUGCAGCAACCUGCGCUGUCUCAGACCCCACAAAAAACCCAGAAGGAAAGGGCUGCCAUGGCUGAGAAAGACGUGGAAAUGAUGAGACUGAAGCUAGACAAAGCUCUCUCCGGCAGCAUGGACCGCCGCUCUGGUUUUGAUCUCGUGGAUCAAAUGCCUUUUCUUUACGUUCGUGUCACCAAGGUGAAGCUUACUAAUCCGCCAGAAAAUUCUUCAGCAUUUGCAAAACUCGUGAUUGGAACCCACGCGAUCAAAACAAAAUCCCAGGCCUGUAACGACAAGGGGUGGGAUCAGGUUUUUGCAUUCGAUAAAGAAGGCUUGAAUUCGGCCUCUUUAGAAAUCUCGGUUUGGACUGAGAAAAAUGUUGCAGCAGCGGAGAACGAGAAGAGCAACAUUGAAGAAAGCUGCCUCGGAACGGUGUCGUUUGAUUUGCAAGAAGUACCUAAAAGAGUGCCUCCAGAUAGUCCAUUAGCUCCCCAGUGGUACAGUCUAGAAGGGGGUGAAGCAUCUGCAUCGCCAGGAAAUGACGUCAUGCUGUCGGUGUGGUUGGGGACUCAGGCGGACGAGGCGUUUCAAGAAGCCUGGCAGUCGGAUUCCGGUGGGUUGAUCCCGGAGACGCGAGCCAAGGUGUACUUGUCUCCGAAGCUUUGGUAUUUGAGACUAACGGUUAUCCAAACCCAGGAUUUGCAGUUAGGUUCGGGAGGGUCCGAGCCUAAGGUUCGGAACCCUGAACUUUUCGUUAAAGGUCAGCUUGGAGCACAGCUGUUCAAAACGAGCCGAACCAGUGUUGGCUUAUCCAGCUCGGCCUCUUCUACUCCUACGUGGAACGAGGAUCUCAUUUUUGUUGCAGCCGAGCCGUUUGAGCCAUUUUUGGUAAUUACAGUCGAAGAUGUGACCAAUGGGCAGUCAGUGGGGUUUGUUAAGGUGCAGCUAUCGACUAUAGAUAAGCGUAUGGACGAUAAAUCAGAGCCGAGAUCAAGGUGGUUUAACUUGAUUGGUGACGAAAAAACUAAACCCUAUGCUGGUAGGAUACAUGUGAGGCUGUGUUUGGAAGGUGGCUAUCACGUGCUUGAUGAAGCUGCUCACGUGACCAGUGAUGUUAGAGCCACAGCCAAGCAACUGUCCAAGCCACCUAUAGGGUUGCUUGAAGUUGGUCUCAGAGGAGCCACUAAUCUACUCCCGGUGAAAACUAGAGAUGGUACUCGUGGCACGACGGAUGCCUAUGUGGUGGCUAAGUAUGGGCCCAAGUGGGUUCGCACCCGUACGAUUCUCGAUCGGUUUAAUCCAAGAUGGAACGAGCAAUACACGUGGGAUGUGUAUGAUCCAUGCACAGUGUUAACUAUUGGAGUGUUUGAUAAUGGAAGGUAUAAGCACGAUCAAGCGGAUAAGAAAGAUGUACGUUUAGGAAAGUUACGAGUACGACUUUCGACACUUGAUACUAAUCGUGUGUCCAUGGGGACAUACUCUCUUAUGGUGUUGCUUCCAAAUGGAGCUAAGAAAAUGGGUGAGAUUGAAAUUGCAUUGAGAUUUUCAUGUUCAUCAUGGAUUAGUCUAAUUCAAGCUUAUGCAAAUCCAACGCUGCCUAGGAUGCAUUAUGUGCGCCCUUUUGGUCCUGCCCAACAAGACAUUUUGAGACACACAGCUAUGAAGAUUGUGACAGCUAAAUUGGCUCGGUCCGAGCCGGCUUUGGGUCAAGAAGUGGUUCAAUUCAUGUUGGAUUCAGACCACCACAUGUGGAGCAUGAGGCGCAGCAAGGCUAACUGGUUCCGGGUGAUCGGGUGCUUGUCUAGAGCAGCCACAUUUGCACGGUGGCUUGACGGAAUUCGAACUUGGGUGCACCCAUCCACUACAAUUUUGGUCCAUGUUUUGCUAGUGGCAGUUGUAUUGUGGCCGCACCUAGUUCUGCCAACAAUUUGCAUGUAUGCAUUCUUGAUCAUAGCAUUGAGAUUCCGGUAUAGGCAAAGGGUAGCAAUCACAAUGGAUGGUAGAUUAUCCCAUGUGGAUGCGGUGGGACCGGACGAGCUCGAUGAAGAGUUUGAUGGAUUCCCGACCACACGAUCAACUGACCAAAUCCGAGUCAGAUACGAUAGGUUGCGGGCCCUGGCUGGUAGGGCCCAAACGCUUCUAGGUGACGUGGCAGCACAGGGUGAAAGAUUGGAAGCAUUGUUCAACUGGAGAGAUCCAAGGGCUACUGGAAUUUUUGUUGUAGUGUGCCUAAUUGCCUCAUUGGUGUUCUAUGUUGUACCAUUUAGGGCCUUUGUUUUCGGUUCCGGGUUCUAUUAUUUCCGCCACCCAAGGUUUCGAGACGACAUGCCCUCCGUGCCGGUCAACUUUUUCCGACGACUUCCACCACUCUCGGAUCAAAUUCUUUAAAUCAUUUGAAAUUUAAUCCCCAUUUUGGGGCCUGGGAAAAAUAUUUGAAGAGGUUUUAGUUAGAAAAUAUUAAUGCACUUUCCCGGUGUAACAGUUAUAUUUUAGGUGCUUACAUUUUGUAAACGUGGC